GAACAACAUGGCGUCGCCACCUCGAACGGAAACAAGUCCUUCCGUCGAGCCCAUGCACACCUUCCCUACACACGUGGUUGUCAUGACAACAGACAACACGGACAGUGCUCCGAGCUGCUGUUGCUGUGACAACGGCUGCGAGGAGGAGAACGAGGAGCGCGGGAACUGGUCCUGUAACUUUGAGUCCAUCCUGGCGAGCAUCAGCUGUGCUAUCGGCCCGGGGUAUCUGUGGGUGAUGCCAAUCGUGAUUUCCAGAAACGGAGGGGGUGUAUUCCUGUGGGUGUAUCUCGUGGCUCAGAUGUUCAUCAGUUUUCCCAUUGUUUACCUGGAGAUGGCGCUGGGACAGUACACGUCACAGGGACCGAUCCGUGCAUGGAGAGGGGUGCCCAUACUACAGGGCAUCGGGGUCGGAAUGGCUGUGAUGUCGGCCAUCUUGUGUAUCUACUACAACAGUCUGGUGGCGCAGAUACUGUACUACCUGUUCUACGUCACCGGGGACCUGGACAGAGCCACAUCGUGUGCCAACGCCUGGAACACUGCUGAAUGUGGCACUCUGAGCCGGGCAUCAAGCGAGUACGCAAACCGUUAUGUCCUGCAGUUGAGUGAUGGCAUCGACAACAUGGGAGCUGUGCGAGGACCCCUGGCGGGAUUCCUCAUCCUUGCAUGGCUUCUAGUGACAGUCGCCCUCAGCUUUGGAGCCAAGUCGUUGGGGAAGGUUGCCUACGUGACAACUCUCGUUCCCAUCGUCCUGAUAAUAAUCAUGUUUAUCCGCGCCGUGAGUUUGCCGGGCGCCGCGGAGGGGAUGGUCUACUUGUUGGCCCCUGCGUUAUCAGUGAAUCAGAGUUUCUACCCGACGCUGAUCACCGCCAUUAUUCACCGAUUGAGCCUGGGCUAUGGUGGCUACACGACACUGGCAUCUUACAAUCGUUUCCACAACAAUGUCCUCAGGGAUGCCAUAUUGGUUGUUUUGGUGGACUUCCUGGUGCUGUUGUUCUGUGUGCUGACGGCCUCUGCGUUCUUCGGAUACCUGGCGUACGAACUUAACACGACAAUCGCUGACGUAUCAGCUGCAGGAACUAACUUCGCCUUUAGCACGAUGGUGGAUGUGUUCUCCCGUCUACCAGCGGGGGCGGUCUGGGCUGGUUUGUUCUUCUUCAUGCUCUUCCUGAUGGCGUAUGGAUCUCAGAUUGUUUUAGUGGAAACCGUCGUCACUUCCCUUUCUGACCUGAUCCCGACGAGUAUGCUGAAUAACCUCCCCGGGAAGGAGUCCGGGCUGCUCGGCAAGAGAACGGUCCUCCACGGCGUGACGACUGUGGCUGUCUGCUUCCUGUUCUUCCUGCUAGGACUGCCGUACGUCACACAGGGUGGGAAUUACCUGUUGACCUUAGUGGACACCUUCAAUAGUACCAUCCAACCUCAUGUCUUCAUCCUCCUGGAGUGUGUGGCUCUCACCUAUCUCUACUGUGCUGGCUGUGAUCGCUGCUGUCCCGCGCUGAACCGCUGGAUGUCGCACCUGAGCCACAUGUUGCAGCACGUCUGCUGUUUCUGCUGUGCGACUAUCGUGAACGGGAUGACGGCAGCAGCCUGGUUGUACAUCCCCAUCCUCAUGUUGGUACAUUUCAUAUUUGUUGGCAUCCUUGGCUUGUGGCCACAUCAGGUUUGGUAUGGACAAUACGUGUUCCCCCAGUGGACCCAGGGGCUGGGAAACUGCAUCGCAAGUGUCAGUCUGGUGGUGAUUCCCCUUGUGGCGGUCAUCAACAUCGGCAUUGCAUUGGUAAGGGGCGAGCCCAGGAGCAUCCUCAGCCCUCCUGACUGGGGCCCUUACCUCAACAAGCACCGGAGGGACAACACCGUGGUUACACAACCCUUUUACCAGCCCAUGCAACAGGGACAGCCAUGGCCACAAGUGCCCAUUGUGGAGGACACCAGGAUGUGAGAUGUCAGAUGAGACAUUAUCAUGAAUCAGGUGUCAUGCCCGUA